CAUUCGACCCUCGGCCGAUCCUUGCGUAGAAUUAAUGCCUCCUUGGCCUACAAGGUAGCUGCCAAACAAGCUUCGGCAAGCGAGGGGGGAGGGAGCUUGUCGACGUGCCGGCUUAUCCUCCUCCAUCCUCAAAUGGACCUCUGCCCCUCCCCCUCCUCUCGCCAUUGCCCCUCGUCAUAUCCCUAUCCUUCCCCUUCCUCAACCUGCCUGCCCUCUUGCGACUCCCAAGGCCUUCGACCAGCUUUGCCGCGAACCGUUGCCAGCCUCCCGUCCCUCUACACUUACACAUAGUCGCACAACCCAGCAUCCUCGCCCGCAAUGGUCCACCUGGCUGCCGUUCACCACGGCGACGGCGAGCCCCCCAAGGCCACCGAUGCCGCCUCCGCUGGCGCCCACACCGACCCGGAUACCACCGCGAAGCUCAUCGAGCAGAAGACAAGCCGGCUGCAGCUGGCGAGCUUUGCCGACGAGUUCACCACGAGCGUUUACGGCUCCCGCUUUGCCGCCCAGGAGCUGCCCACGACCAAGAUGCCCGAGUGCCAGAUGCCCCGCGAGGUGGCCUACCGCAUGAUCAAAGAUGAGCUCAGCCUUGACGGCAACCCCAAGCUCAACUUGGCCUCGUUUGUCACAACAUACAUGGAAGACGAAGCCGAGAAGCUCAUGGCCGACGCCCUCCCCAAGAACUUCAUCGACUACGAGGAGUACCCGCAGACGGCCGAAAUCCAGAACCGGUGCGUCAACAUGAUUGGCGACCUGUUUCACGCCCCGAGCGGCAGCGCCAUCGGCACCUCGUCCGUCGGCUCGUCCGAGGCCAUCAUGCUGGCCGUCCUGGCCAUGAAGCGGCGCUGGAAGAUCCGUCGCCAGGCCCAGGGCAAGAGCACAGAGAAGCCGAACCUCAUCAUGUCCUCGGCAGUUCAGGUGUGCUGGGAGAAGGCGACGCGAUACUUUGAGAUUGAGGAGAAGUUUGUCUACUGCACCCCGGAGCGCUACGUCAUCGACCCCGAGGAGAUGGUGUCUCUAUGUGACGAAAACACAAUUGGCUGCGUGCUCAUCUUGGGCACCACCUAUACCGGCGACUACGAAGAUGUCAAGGCCGUCAACGACCUGCUCGUCGAGAAACAAAUCAACGUGCCUAUCCACGUCGAUGCCGCCAGUGGCGGCUUUGUUGCGCCCUUUGUCGUGCCCGACCUCGAGUGGGAUUUCCGCUGCGAAAAGGUCGUCUCGAUCAACGUCUCCGGCCACAAGUAUGGCCUCGUGUAUCCCGGUGUAGGCUGGGUCGUCUGGCGAGCCACCGAGUACCUACCCCAGGACCUCGUCUUCAACAUUGAUUAUCUCGGCGCCCAGCAGUCGUCAUUUACCCUCAACUUCUCCAAGGGAGCAUCACAAGUCAUUGGCCAGUACUACCAGCUCAUCCGCCUAGGCAAGCACGGCUACCGAGCCAUCAUGAGCAACCUGGUGCGCAACGCCGACUACCUCACCGAGUCCCUGGAAUCGCUGGGCUUCAAGAUCAUGUCCAAGCGUGCCGGCGAGGGCCUCCCUCUCGUUGCCUUUCGUUUCCCCAGCGAGAAGGAAGGCGGCAAGGAGCGGUUGUACGAUGAGUUUGCGCUGGCUCGCCAGCUGCGCAGCCGCGGCUGGGUUGUGCCGGCAUACACGAUGGCUCCGCACACCAACAGGCUCAAGAUGCUCCGCGUAGUGGUUCGCGAGGACUUUUCUCGGAGCAAGUGCGAUAUUCUCAUCGACGACAUCAAGCUAUGCGUCGGGCUCCUGGAGCAAACAGACCAGGAAAGCCUCAAGAAGCGCGAAGAGUACCUCAAUGAGCAUGUUCCGGCGGCAGGGCGCGCGCGGCACGUGAAGCACAAGACGCACGCAUACAAGGACGAGAAGCACUCGCUGCAGGGCAAAACUGGCAAGACGCAUGCGGCUUGCUGAGUGAGAGCCACGCGACGAGGUGACCGUGGAAAUAUAGAAGUAGUAGUGGCAAUUUGUUACGAUGAUGCCUAACUACAUGAAGAGUUAUGAAAAAUGAAAUGGAUGGCCUAGUAGCACAAUCGCAAGUAGCAGCGGACAUUGCCCGGUGUAGUG